AGCGGCGGCUGAGGCGAGCGGAGCCCCGGCCCCUUCUCCGCUCGUCCGCGCUUCCGCUACGCCAGCGCCGCGCGUGAGCCCCGAGCCCGAGGAGACAUGAGCGCCCGGCGGCCCGGCGCACCCAAGGCGCAGCGGCCCGGCCCCGCGGCCCCGUGAUGGGCUCCUGCGUGUCGCGAGAUUUGCUCACAAGUACCCACAAGGACUGCCCCAUGCCCCAAGGCACGGCCCCCCUGAGCCCAGACUCGCCCUCCGGCCGCCCACCCAUCGUGGCCCCAGACCAUGUCAUUGGCAAGGACAAACAGAUGGAUUUCUGUUGGGAUCCUUGGCAGAGGUGCUUCCAGACCACCAACGGCUACCUGUCCGACUCCAGAUCCUGCUCCAGCAACUACAACGUGGCAGCCCUGGCCACCUCGUCCCUCGUGGGAGUGGUGCAGAGCAUCAAGGACCACAUCACAAAGCCCACGGCCAUGGCACGUGGCCGCGUGGCCCACCUCAUCGAGUGGAAGGGCUGGAGUGCCCAGCGCUCAGGCUGGGAGUUGUCCACAGCCGAGGACGAGCAUUACUGCUGCCUCCCAGAUGAGCUGCGCGAGGCCCGCUUUGCUGCAGGGGUUGCCGAGCAGUUUGCCAUCACGGAGGCCACACUGAGUGCCUGGUCCUCGCUGGACGACGAGGAGCUGCCCCCAGAGAACAGCCCCCAGGACGUCAUCCAGCUACAGGACCUGGAGAGCAUCUACCUUCAAGACAGUCUUCUGAGUGUCCCCUCGCAGGAUGACAGUCUUCUGGCCUUCUCCUCCCCCGAUGGAUGGCCCUCAUCUGACGAGCCCCCCACCAUAGCCUCUGGCCCGCAGCCCCCCAGCCCCGAACAGCAGCGCUGGCAGCGGCUCCUGGGGGCCCCGGGGCCCGAGAGUGGGGCCCGCCUGCAGGGCUCCCUCCCAUCGGUGGACAGUGGCUCCCUCUCGGAGGAGGACGAGGUGUUCUAUAACUGAGGCGGGGGCCGGAGCCUGCUCACGCCGUGACCUUGCCUGGUGGGCAGCCCAGGUGUAUCAGGACACCAGGGUCUGGCUGGGCAUCUCUUGACCCCUCAGGGCAGGCACGGGGUGGGUGCGGCAGGGAUGGGGGCCAGCAUUCCUUGGGGACCAUUCCGUGCCUCUGUGGACCUGCCCCCCGCAGUGGGAGCCGUAAUCCCCUUCUCCCUCUUUACUCGGCUCAGGCGGGCACCUUCCCCUGCAGUUUCUGCCAUCAGCGAGCUCAAGGACUCUCAGCAGACAGCAGGCAGGCCGCCCAGAGGGGCCAACAGCCAGGUUCCCAGGCAGACAACCGCGGAGGGGCCUGGGAGACCCGCCUCGACCCCAGGGCUCGGUUCCUCGCCCCUCCCCUCUGUGCUCCUGCCCCCCCCCCAGAGGCGGGGUGGCCUCCUGGGGUACCUAACAUCUGCUCCUUAGUGCUCUUCACGAGGAUUCUGUCUCUGGAGUGUCUGUCUGUCCGUCACUCUCUGGAUCUGCUCCCUGGUGCCCUGCUCCCCCCUCCUUGCUCUCUCCUCCCAUCUCCCUGAAGGUUCUCUGAAGACA